AUGGCUCGUUCUCAAGAAACAACUCCAACCAUGCCACCUAUACCCGAUCCAUUGAUCACGGAUUCAUUGUCGUUUAAGAAUCGUUAUACCAUAUUCAAAGAGAAACUUAAUUCAAAUUUAAAUUCGUAUUAUGAUUAUUUAUUUGAUAAAUAUGCUCAAAUUUUGUCAAAAUAUGCCUGGUGUAUACUGACUUUAAGCUUAUUUAUUACGAUUAUAUUAACAGCAUGUUUAUAUUGGGCACAAUUACAUCCAGUGGAUGAAAAUGUUUUAAAAGUGAAAAAUAGUAUUGCUGAGCAUAAUGCACAACAAAUAUUAGAUUUAUUUGGAAAUGAUAGUGAAUAUCGAAUCCAUCAACAAGUGAAAUUGUAUCCAGCAUUAGAUAUCAUUCUCAAGAGAAAGACAACAACAAACGGAACGACAAACAUGUUAGUGGAAGAAGUAAUCACUCAGAUGCGUGAAUUAGAUCGUUAUAUUCGUUCUGUUAUGAUUGUUUCGAAUAAUCAAACGUAUACUUAUUCUCAAUUGUGCAAGAAAGAAUUAAAUACCAAUAUAUGUGCCGUUGAUGGCGGCUAUUUAUUGACAGAUAAAUUUUAUAAACAAUUUUCUGAUUAUAUACCAACGGGCAUUUAUUACGACUCAGGUCUAACAGGUUAUCGAAAUUUUAUGUUUGGUAAAAAUUAUAACGUAGAAGACUUGAUAGAAGAUUAUCAUGACGAUGAAGAUGAUGUUAAUAUAACAACUAUUUUACCUGUUAAACAAGAAGAAAAAAAAAUUAUUUCAUAUGCACCACUAUUUCGUCUAAGAUAUAAUUUAAAUACAAUAAAUGAAUCAAUGAAACAAUUAGCAUUAGAAUGGGAAAAAUUAAUUAUUGAAAAUUUAACAUUAGUAGAUGAAAAAUUUAAUCAGUUGAACAUAUAUACAUCGGUAUCAACAACUGUUAACAGUGAAAUAUCAAAAUAUGCUCGAUUAGAAGCAAAAUCAAUUGGUAUUAUGAUUAUCGUAUUCUUUUUAUGUACAUGUUUUUGUGUAGGAAUAGAAGGAAAUUGGUUAACAUCUGUGGGAUAUUUACCACUGUUUGGUAUUAUUGGAUAUGCCCUAUCUACUGGUGCUACAUUUGGAUUUUUAUCACUAUGUAAAAUGAGUCUAUUAGAACCAAUGACAAUGUUAGCAUUAAUUAUUGGAAUUAUGGAUUGUAUUCGUAUAUCAAUUGUCUGCAAAGAAUUUCAUUUGACUUUUUGUUCUUUAACUAUACCAUUACAAAAAUUACCAGAUGAUAAUAAUUCGCCACAUUCACUAACAAAACGUCUUAAACAAACACUCAAAUAUUCACAGCCUCCAUUUAUAUGUACUACCAUCAUAUUAUGUAUACUCUAUGGUCUUAUAUUUCUAAUUUCUAAAAUAUCGAGUAUACGAAUAUAUUCUAUGGCAUUUUGUGUUUAUCUAUUUUUUAAUUAUUUUGUUCAUUUAACAUUUUUUCUAUCGUGUCUAACAAUUACAUGUAGACGAAUCAAUUCCAAUAGACAUUCACUGCUAUGUUUAAAAAUGAGUAAAAUAAAACCUUCAACAGUAUCUUCAUCAUUAUCCAUAAUUAUCACCACUCGUUUUCGUCCAUAUUUUCGUUCAUUAUACACAAAAACAUUUGCCUAUUUCAUUUGUUUAUUAACCAUUGUUUUAUUCUUCUAUUCGUUAGUAACCGUAUUCAAAAUUGAUACUCGUCUAGUUGAUUCUCAGUUCAUUCCUGUUCAAUCUCAUUCAUUACACUCGUAUAUGUCGUCAUUAGAAAAAGAUUUUGAUAUUGGACCAGUGAUUAUGUUUACUAUACCAUCGGCACUGGAUUAUAAAAAUGAAACAAUUCAACGAAUACAAAUGAUCAUUGAACAGUGUCGAAAUGGAAUGUCAACAAAUGAUUUUAAUCUUUUCUGGUAUAACUGGUUAGAUACGAAUAGUCAAGAUCAAUUAACUAGUAGUGGUGGUCAUAACUUGUCAAAAAUAUCAUCAUUGUCGACAAAUAAUAUUCUAUUGGCAAAUGAUAUUCUAUUGACAAAUGGAACAAUUCAAGCAUCACGAUUCUAUUGUCAAUUUAAAACUAUUCAAGGUCGACGUUCUGAUAUUUUAACAAUGGAUAAUAUGUAUCGUUAUAGUCGUCAAAGUGAAAUCCCUGGUCUCUUUCCUUAUUCACUUGUCUUCUCUCAUUAUGAAACAUUAACACUUAUAAUUACAUUUCAUUAUGUUUGUUUAUUAUCAACAUUGUUCACAUGUUUAUACUUGUUUCAUUCAUUGACAAUUAAUUUUGCCAAUGUAUUUAUCUUAUUUAUCGUACCUGGUAUAUUUGUUGAUUGUUUCAUUCAUUAUGGAUAUAGAUAUUUAAGAAAAACAAAUGGUGAAAAUAUAAAAUCACGUCAAUGUUUAUUUGGCUAUGAUCGUAUAUUUUUAUCAUUGUUUAUAUCAUUAUUUGUUCUAAUAUUCUUUCAAAUUCAAAGUUAUACAUUUAUUGUAUUAAGAAAUAUCUUAUUCUAUUAUGUUGUAUUAACAUUUAUACAUUUAAAUAUAUUUUUACCAUUAUGGUUACACUUAUGUAAACCUCGUAUGGCUAAAACAGUUUCAACGACAGUCGCAACAAUAGAAAUACCAACAAUGAUAAAUGGUAGUGGUCAACAUACAGCAUUAAAAUUAAAUAGUGAUCUGGAAAAUGGUAAACCACAUCAAAAUGUUCCUAUUACAUGUAAAACUGAUAAUCAUUAA